UGAUCACCAACGGGCAUGGCAGCAGCGACUUUGCUCGAGGCAAUUCGAAUCGUGGACAAGCUUUGCACAAUAUCCACUUCCAGCAAGGUCUGUAGAAACCAACAUAGGAUCCUCAUCGCGGCGGUCGGCUAUGUCCGAGACUACCUCAAGCAAAUCCAGGAUCUCAACUUCGCGAGCAACGGGCCAGCCUUCGUGUGGGACGAAACCGUGGCUGUCCUUAACAGAGGUCUCCAUCUCCUCAAGUCGUGCCAAGAAGGCAAUUGGAUCACGCGGAGCCUGCUGUUCGAGGAAAGCUGCAAUGAGUUUCAGAGCAUUUAUCCCGAGAUCUACAACUGCGUCGAGCUCAUCAGCGUCUAUCUCUUUCAGCUGGCACCGUCCACCUCGCACAGAUCCAGGAUUGCCGAGGCUUACAACUCGUGCCUCAUGAGGCAGAACUCGAGCAGCAUACUGGAAGAAGCCGAAAGGAACGAUCGGAAGGAGCUCAUGACUCUCGCAAUGAGCCAAGAGCCGGGAAGCCUGACGACUGAGACAGAACGAGCCAAAGAGAUACUCUGCUCCAUGCUCCUGGGAAACAAGUCAGUGAUUAACCACAAGGAACUCAAGCUGACAACACACCUGGGACAAGGAGCUUACGAAACCGUGUACGAAGCAAUCUGGCUCGGUCACAAGUUUGCAGUGAAAGUCUUCCCUCAAGGUGACACCAGCUUCGCCAAAGAGCUCGCGGUUCUUGAAGCGGACAAGCAUCCCAACGUGUUGCACAUCGCCGGCCAUUGUUUCGAUGAAGAGAAGCAGCGGUACUCGCUGGUGAUGGAGAAGAUGGAGAUGGACCUGGCAAACUACCUCCUCAAGAAGAAGAACUCUCUCCCGUUGCUGUCGAUCGUGGCAGUGAUGCUCCAAGUUGCUACUGGCAUGGCCUGGCUUCACUCGAAGAAUAUAAUCCACCGGGACCUCAAGCCGCAGAACAUCUUGGUUGGCGAAGAAGACAACGAUCUCGUGAGUAUCAGGAUUGCCGACUUUGGAGUCUCGAGGCCAAACUUCAUCUCCUCCCAGAUCGAAGCCGUUAGCAUCCAAGGCACCAGGAACUUCAUGGCACCGGAAGUGUGGAGCGGCGAGCGCUACACGAAAAAGGCCGACGUUUACAGGUACGGGAUGCUGAUUUACCAGCUUGUCACUGGAAACGUUCCGUUCGAGGACGGGAUGGACAUGGAGCAAGUCCUUCGAGGCGAGCGUCCUGAGGUACCAGCAACCUGUCCAGAGUUUCUGUCGCAGCUCAUGCGGGAAUGCUGGAGCCACGAUGCAAAAGAGAGGCCUUCCUUCUCGGAUAUCUGCGAGCGGCUGAAGCAGCUCAAGACCAGGAUCAUCACUGGCACCGACUCCAUCGACGAGUUACGAGCCAAGUUGGUUGCAGCAGCCAGGUCAUCUUCCUCUUCUUCGUACUCGUCGUCUUCCUCGUCCUCGUCGCACAGCAGGACUCGAGUGAACCUGGAUUCUCCUGUCCAAGCACCUGAAGGGCUUUCAACCCAAAAUCCUCCAUCUCCCGUUGUCCAGCACGUCGCACCAGCAGCAAAGCCGGAUAACAGGGCCGAGCUCUUCGAACUGGUGAAGAACGGCCUCGUCAAAAACGCCUUUGAGAAAGCUCUGUCCCUGAACGAUCCUUCCACGGUCUGGUGGCUUUGCACCAAGGUAGAGCAUACCGUGCUGCUUGUCUUCAGUGAAUCGAUGCUCAUGGCACUGGCCGAGAAAAUCAACACCAACUUCACGGAAGACACUGCUCGCAGGCUGGUCUGGAUCGACGAGAUUGGCGUCUUGCUGUUGAAAGACGUCAAUGGAUGGGCAUCACCUCGGAAGAUGAGGAUCCUGGAGCAGCUUUCACAGAACCUCCACGGUAUGAUGGCCAUAACACCACCAAAGAGUGAGCUGGGCAUGACCUUGACGAACAUGCUGGAAGGCACCAACGUGUGGCUGCAGGUUCGUACAUAUGAAGCUCUUCGUUUCUUUCGUUUCCAUCUCCUUGAUUCACAUCGUUUUGUUGCAGCGUAUCCGGGUUGCUGUGGAAAACAAAGUUCGAUACAUGAGCAUCGUUGGCGGAUAUUUUCCAGCGGAAUACCGGUAGUUUCUGGAUGUUGAUGUCCUGGCAUAAAACAUGCUUCACCUUACCCUGGCCAGCAAAACUUACGAGGAAAAGAAUGAGCUCACCUGUUUUCUACA